AUGGCUACGCAGCUGCAGACCGACCCGCAGAUCAGGCAGCUGAUGCGAGGACUUUGCGUGGAAGGAGUAGGGCGGAUGUCGCAGGACACAAGCAAGGCCACCCGGAUCUCCAUCGGCAUGAAGACCUCCGAGGGUGAGAUCUUGGGUGCCAGUUACACGUCCCCAGUGAUCGCAGACAGCGAUUUGCCGCCUCUGUUGGGUAACAAAGCAUUGAGGAGAAGCCGGGCCUUGCUGGACUGCGCCACCGGCAAGCUCGUUCUUCCCGGUCCCGGAGGUGUGACACUCACCCCUUCCCCUGGCACCAAGGUCUUUGACCUCCAACUCAGUGACAGCGGCCACUUCAUCCUCCCGUUGCACCAGAAGAAGAACGUGGAUAAGGAGGUUGGCCUGGCAAAGGAGCAGUGCUACGACUUCCAGACGGCAUGCCGCCAGUGUGCGAACUCCAGCACCGGCGGCGGCGGGAAGCCGAAGAGCUGCUGA